CUAAUCGCAACAGCGCCUGUUGUCCCAAGAGAUAACUGGACAGCGUCCGCAAGCGCAUGACUUAAACCUCGCCCAGCCGCGCGAUCAUUUUCGUUUCCCAUGCUUCUCCCAGCGCUACAGGUUUCAAUUCGCCACGGUUUUCUAGUGGUAAAAUACGCCUCGCUGCUACUCAGAUCCAGGCUUGCGAUGGCGGCGCUUCCAAUCCGGACCGGCUCGUCCGAGCGCUGCUUCGUGGUGGAAUCUGCAAGCUCGGAGCUGGUGUAUUUCACCUUGCGCAGCAACAGUGAGCGCCCACUAAUCGACGGGGCGCGUCCCCAGUGCUUCGUGCCUCGCCCGGGGAGAUGCUAUUCCUUCUGCAUACCAGCCGCGCCGAGUCCCCGAGAUCGGAUCCGGGCUGCCAGACUGCACAGAACCUUGCAGCAGAGACUCAGCCAGGAGCCUUUCGGGGCUCGGAGCAGAGUCCUGGCCCUCCUCUCCUACAGUGCGCAAGAGCCCGUGCUGGAAAGCGGCUUCCUCGUUCAAAGCAAGCAGCGCUCCCCGGAAACCGAGCGCUCCCUGGAGGAACUGCUGCGUCUCCUGCUGCCGGCGCCUGCCCUUCUGUCUGUGUACGAGGAGGCUGAAGACGGCGAGGUGUGGCGGGCGCUGUGGGGCCUGAAGGCGGCAGAGGGGAAGGAGCUGCUGGAAAGAAGGCGCGUUGUGGCCGCUGAAGGGCCUCAGCUCCAUCCAGCCGCUUUUCACCUUUUCGGCACCGCUUUGUUCAGCUCGCUCGGAGCCGCUCGCGAGGUGCUGGAGGAGUGCACUUCUCUAAUUCCUGAAGCCAAAGCAGUGCUUGAUGUUGUGGAUAAGUGUCCGAAGCAUCCGAAGAAGGGAGAUUUUCCUGUGAUAGUUGUUGAGGGGUUGGAUGCAACAGGCAAAACAACAGUAACUCAGGCUUUGAAGGACUCACUGAAUGCCACUCUUGUGCGGACUCCUCCACCUUGUGUCAGUCAGUGGAGAAAGAUUUUUGAUGAUGAGCCCACCCUCAUCCGGAGAGCAUUUUAUGCUCUGAGCAACUACCUUGUUGCUUCUGAAAUAGCCAAAGAAUCCAUGAAGUCACCAGUGAUUGUAGACAGGUAUUGGCACAGCACAGCUGCAUAUGCAAUCGCCACUGAAAUGAGUGGGAAAGUGGAAAACCUCCCUCCACUUCAUCACCAAGUGUACCACUGGCCCGAAGACCUUCUCAGACCGGAUAUUGUCUUGCUGCUCAGCAUUAGUGCGGAGGAAAGGAUCCGAAGACUGCAAGGACGAGGGCUGGAGAGAACGAGGGAGGAGGCCGAGCUCGAAACCAACAGCGUUUUCCGGCAAAAGGUUGAAGAAUGUUACAGAAGGAUGGAGAAUCCUGCAUGUCAACCAGUUGACGCCAGUCCUUCUAGGGAAGAGGUUCUCAAAACUGCACUGCAUCUGAUUAAAAAGCACUGCCAUUUAGUAUGAUUAACUGGGAAUCCACUAGUGCCAGUACUUAUCAGCAUGAAGGAGCAACUCCAAAUCUUCCAAGCAAACCACUGUUAGACAGGAGGUUCAGGUGGUCCAUUUUUUCAGAGUGAGAAGCAUCGGGUAAAAAAGGCAGUAUGCUGUUAUUGCACCUACUGGUUCUUGAAAUACAGAAGUGAUUUAUGUAUUGUACCUCCAUCAUGCUCAGACACUGGGAAAAUGUAAAAACCCCAGUCUGUUUUAUAGCAAGCAGCAGCCCAUGCAUGGAUAUCUUUACACUUGAAAUUUAACAUCAAUAACAUCAAUUAUGUUAAAUUGAUACUGCUUCUGCCAUGGAGUUGCCAAAAAGAAUCACAUGAAUUACGGUUUAGUGAAGAGCACUAAGGAUGUAUAAUGGAGAAAUAUCAGAAUGAUGAAGGGAAAUCAAGGCUAUUUAUUUUGGAGAGAAACUUCACUAUUUCUUCCUCCACUGCACCAGUUUUUCAGGAGUAAAAUGGAGUGAUUCUGCUUUUUCAGAGUGAGCACACUGUUUUCUGUCCUUCUGAUUUUUCUUUGUGACUACCUAAUGAUAGGCCACAAACAAGUGAAAUAAAUGGCAGCUUGAGAUGUAAA